CCCUCCCUGGGCUGGCCAAUGGUGAAAUGGGGACUGCCAGACUCACUCAUAAGAUGAGGCCAUUUUCUCCGCAUUUUCAUCCAUACAGUAGACUACACCAGAAGGGCUCAGGAUGCUGCUGCUGUGGCUGCAAGCUGUCCUGUUGCUGUUAGUCCUGCCCAUCCAUGCUGAGGUUACCCCAGCUGAAGAGCCGGGAGUCCUGGUCCCUCCACCCAAGGAAACUUGUGCAGGUUGGAUGGCAGGCAUCCCAGGACAUCCUGGCCACAAUGGGACACCAGGCCGUGAUGGCAGGGAUGGCACUCCUGGCGAGAAGGGUGAGAAAGGAGAUGCAGGUCUUCUUGGUCCUAAGGGGGAGACAGGAGAUGUUGGAGUGACAGGAGCUGAGGGGCCCCGAGGCUUUCCUGGAAUCCCCGGCAGGAAAGGAGAGCCUGGAGAAGGUGCUUAUGUGUACCGCUCAGCGUUCAGCGUGGGGCUGGAGACCGGAGUCACUGUCCCCAAUGUUCCCAUCCGCUUUACUAAGAUCUUCUACAACCAACAGAACCAUUACGACAGUAGCACUGGGAAAUUCUACUGCAACAUUCCAGGGCUCUACUAUUUCUCCUACCAUAUCACGGUGUACAUGAAAGACGUGAAGGUGAGUCUCUUCAAGAAGGACAAGGCUGUUCUCUUCACCUAUGACCAGUAUCAGGAGAAGAACGUGGAUCAGGCCUCCGGCUCUGUGCUCCUCCACCUGGAGGUGGGCGACCAAGUCUGGCUCCAGGUGUAUGGAGAUGGGAAUCAUAGCGGACUCUAUGCAGAUAAUGUCAAUGACUGUACCUUCACAGGCUUCCUUCUGUACCAUGACACCAACUGAUUGUAGCUAACUCAGAGCUUCCCCAUAGCCUAAGCACCCCGAGAAUCAAAUAACAGCCCACAAGCUUCCAGCAUAGCUCGAAAGAUUGAUUUUAUGGUUUAGUUUGAGGGUUCUGAAUAUUAGCCACACAUGUAUUCAUUCAUUCAUGAAAUGACUUCAUAAAAAAUCUUUUCUGGGCUCCUAGUCCAGAAAAAGAAACAUUCCUUGGUCUUCACAACUCUUACAUAGUAGCAAUAAUAGAAUGAAAAUAACGUUUAAGGGAGGAGUUUUACCAUACCCUCACUGACUAUAAGGAAGUAGACAACGCUAUUUUGUGUCCACUCUCUCUAGAUGUUCACACAAAUCCUGUAAGGUACACAUGAAAUACACGAUCUCCUCUCUUCACAGCUGGAGUCUUUAGGAUGUGUUUAUGAAUGUCUAAAGUCCUACACUUAUUAAAAUAGCAGAGCUAAAA